UCGCUUUCAAGGACAGUAUGGAAACAAGAAGGAAGAUGAGCAUGAAUUUCAAAAGCAAAUCGUGAUGUGUGAGUUGUCAAGAGCAUCUUUACCUUUGAUUUUGUUGUCCACCUACACCUCACUUUGAUUUGGUGAUGGUGAUUGUGUCCACUCAAAUCCAACAUUACUCCUAAUUUAAAUCCAAAGCAUGGCCCUGUCAGUCCAAUAAUUUCCACACUCUUCUCCUUUCUUCACACAGAAUAUUUGCAGAGACUCGCAGAAAUCUAGAAAGUUUUCUUUGCCCUUUGCUUUCAGUAUAAGUUACAAAUCUCUGAUCGCUCUCUGCUUUUUCAUUACAGUGAGUGGCUGAUAGGCAGUGUUAGUGAGGCUUGGGCGAAGAGGAGGUAUAUUCAAUGUGUAUAUCCUUUUCAGAGUAGGUUUUUCGUCAUUUGCUUUCAGUAUAAGCUACAUUUUCGGAGCGGCCUCUGCUUUUUCGUUACAGUGAGUGGCUGAUAGGUAGUGGUAGGGAGGCUUGGCGAAGAGGAGGUAUAUUCACUGUGUAUAUCCAUUUCACAGUAGGUUUCUCGCCAUUUGCUUUCAUAAGCUACAUUAUCUGAACGCUCCCUGCUUUUUCAUUAUAGUGAGUGGCUGAUAGGGAUUUGUAGGGAAGCUUUGCGAGGAGGAGGUAUAUUCAAUGUGUAUAUCCAUUUUAGGUUAGGUUUUGAGCAGAAAUGAGGAAGAUGACAGUAUUGUGUAUAUUAUUUUUCAUGGCGGCCAUUGUGGCCGGGGAAAAUUCUGUCAAGGUGGACAUCUCCUCCACUCCUCCGCCGCCGUCGAUUCUGUGCACGCACUGUGAUACCUGUGCUGAUCCCUGUGCGGACCCACCCCCGCCGCCGCCGCAGGUGAGCAACCAAUGUCCGCCGCCCCCUGAGCUUACAAUAUCUCCUUCUCCGCCCUCUCACCAAUCUCCGCCGCCUCCAUCGUCCUCCGGAAGGAUCCCUGGCCCUCCCAUUGGUUACAUCUUGCCCCCGCCGCCUCCUUCAGGGAGUAGCGGAGAUACUCCCCUUUACUCCCCUCCGCCCGCCGGCGGUGGAUCAUCUUCAAACCCUCCGCCCGCCGGCGGCGGAGCUUCUUCAAACCCUCCGCCCGCCGGCGGCGGAGCUUCUUCAAACCCUCCGCCCGCCGGCGGCGGAGCUUCUAUCUACUCUCCGCCGCCGCCUUCUUCACCCUCUGGUAGCGGGAGCAAUGGCCAUUCUCCGCCGCCGCCCACCUCUCGCAACUCGUAUUACCCUUACUACCCUUACUAUUAUCUCUACACUCCAUCGGCUUCGGCUGCGCUCGUUGUUUACCGGGGUGGUUUUGUUGCUCUUAUUUGCCUUGUCGUAAUGCUUCUGCUGUAAAAGGCUUUGGCUAUCAAUGUGGAGCUCGGAAUGUACUCAGCGGGCAGUUUAUGCAGGUGGCUUUUGCUUUCCUUUCUUCUUCAAUCUCUAUGGCAGAAAUUCUUUUGACUUAUGUAUUUAAAAUGAUGUGUUUAGGAUGUAUACCGGCAGACGGAAUGAUCAUGUAGAUUUGACGAUGACCGUUGUCGUCUUUAUUUAUAGAAAUUUAAUGAAAAAUUUGUUAAAAAUUCA